AUGAUACGUAAUUUAUGUAGCCACACAUCGGCGCCAGCCGCAUUCAAAAUGGGGCUUGCUAAAGUUAUCGUUUUUGCACUACUAUCUCGUGCGAUGUUAAUCCGGAGCGAAGCAGUGGGGAACCGCGAGGAGGCGUUUAUAGGCUACUCGGAGCGCGCUUUGGAGUGCCAGGACCGGCUGGAUCAUUGUCGAGAACGUGCAAGACACGACGGAUGCCUUACGGACCCUUAUAACAUGCGAACGUUUUGCCCAAUUUCUUGCGUCGUCUCCAAGUGCAUGUCCACCGGCACCCUGAAGGUGCGCCACAGCGGGUUUGCGACAGAGGACGACACGCAAACAUUCGCCCGGCGGUGGGCUACCCGAACGAGCAAGCACACGAGUUAUGAUGCAGCUUCGUUGCUCGGUAACUUCCGAAAAUUUAGCUACCUUGGGAACAACCUGACUCUGAGCUCCCUGGGUAUUGGCACGUACUUGGGGGAUGUGGACAGCCGUACAGAUGAGGCUGUGGCGGCAGCCGUCAUCCAUUCCGUCAUGAACGGUUGGAACGUCAUUGACACGGGGAUGAGGAGUACAACUCAGACAUCACGCGGUCCAUGCUGUUUAUUUCGACCAAGGCGGGAUUUACGGAUGAAUCCUUAGUACAACAACUCGUACAGGCUAAGCAACUGAACCGUCGUGACGUGUACGGCGGCCAUACCAUGGCUCCCGCCUACAUCGCGGCCUCUGUGGACGCCUCCCUGGAGCGGUUGAACCUGAAAACGGAGGUGGUGGCUGUAGCCAAGGAGGCAGCAGGGGGGAAACCCAGCGGGUUUGCUGCCGUACAGCUGCCGGUCAGCGCCACCAUGUCCGAGGCCUGGUCUCAUCCCUGGCAGCGGGUGGGCGGUGGGAACGCCAGUUUCAUGCAGGCGGCUGAGGUGCUGGGUGUCAGGGUCUUCACUUCCGGACCCCUCGGAGAGGGUGAUCUCCUCCGUCGCCUGACCGCCCGUCUAGACCCGCUGGUGCAGCUGCGUACCGCGCCCACCACGGCACAGAAACUGCUGCAGCUGGCUCGGAGCACUCCAGGGGGGGCUAUGACCACCACCCUGGUGGGCCACAAGACCCGCGAGUUCGUGGAGGCUAACACCAAGUUGUCACGGGUGGAGCCGCUCACGGAGGAGGAGUUCCAUGGGGCUAUGUUCCACCUGAAGGCCAUUUUGGAAGCACAACAACCUGCACAACAACCUCUGCACCAACGGCGCACCCCUCCUCACAACAGGAACAACAAGCCGCAAUCUCCUGUAACGUUCCUUCGUGCUGAUGGGCGGGACUGGGAGCUGACUGCCUGGUAG